AUGACCACCGUGAAAUGUCCAGUCUGCGCGAUAGAUCUACCGAGUGACGCGAUAAAUGAUCAUCUCGAUAAAAGCUGCACACUUGCAAAGUCUCCCAGUAAGCCGCGUACCAGCGCGAUUCAGAAUCAGAUUAAGAAUGAGAAUGGUGAUUGGUCUUUCAUGACCCCAGCGAGCGGAAGCGUGAGCGGCAGCAAGACCAAGAAGAGAAAAUCAGCUAGCAAAUCGGACGCGAAGAAACCUGCUAGUCGUGUCGACGACAACGACAAAGACAACGACAACGAUAAAAAUGACAGCGACAGCGAUCUCGAAAUUAUACCCACACAAUCAAAGAAGAAAAAGGCAGAAAAUACAACGCACAGGCAGAACAAGCAGAAGACAGAUGUACCACCAGCUCCAAUAUUCACAACUAAGGCGACGCAAAGUACACCGAAUAAUCUAAUUCAAGCUCAGCCACUAGCUGAGAGAGUCCGACCGACGACAAUAGAUGGUUACGUCGGUCAGGAGGACCUCAUGGGCGAGAAUGGGAUAUUGCGCAGCAUGAUACUGAGCGACAAUAUCCCCAGCUCUAUCUUCUGGGGACCACCUGGAUCUGGAAAGACAACGCUAGCUAGAAUUAUUGCUCAUCGCAGCAAUGCCAAGCUGAAGGAAUUGUCCGCUACCAACUCUGGCGUUGCUGAGGCGAAACAAAUCCUUGAUCAGGCCAAAACGACGCUGAAAUUGAAUGGCACGCGUACUAUUCUCUUCAUCGAUGAAAUACACCGCUAUUCCAAAUCACAGCAAGACACCUUUCUGCCGUAUAUGGAGAGUGGAGCGUGUGUGGUAAUAGGCGCCACAACAGAGAACCCCUCAUUCAAAAUUAACAAUGCUCUCUUAUCCCGCUGCCAUGUCUACUGCCUUACCAAGCUCAGUGGGGAGGACAUAACAACCAUGCUACGCAACGCACUGCACAAAUGGCGCGACCAGAACGCUCAUCACGCUCACCAAGCUAUAGAAGAGAUUAUAGAUGCAGACUUUCUGCGUUACCUAUCCAGUAUAAGUGAUGGAGAUGGACGCGCAGCGCUCAACUCACUCGAAAUGGUACUACGCGCUGUUGAAAUACGUCAUCGGUCGACCACCACUAAGCCUACAACGAAAGAAGAUCUACUAGGAUCUCUGAAACGUUCGAUGGUGCUCAAAUACGACCGAGACGGUGACUUCCACUACGACUCUAUAUCUGCUUUCCACAAAGCCGUGCGCGGGUCUUGUGUAGAUGGCGCGCUUUACUGGCUCGCGCGGAUGGUGGAGGCGGGUGAAGAUGCACUCUACAUCGCUCGCAGAAUGGUCGUUAUCGCUUCAGAGGAUGUAGGAAUGGCCGAUUGCGCCGCUCUUCCCCUCGCUACUGCCACAUACCAAGCUUGUCAAUUUAUUGGACUGCCCGAGUGCAGAAUCAACCUCGCUCACUGCACCGUAUAUCUCGCUGAAGCAGCGAAAUCGAUUAGGAGCUAUGUAGGUUAUAACAAUGCAGUCGACGCUGUCAGGAAUCACCCCCAGUAUCCCGUUCCGAUUCAUCUGAGAAACGCACCUACUCAGCUCAUGAAAAGUUUAGGUUACGGUAGAGAGUACCUCUAUAACCCAGCCUAUGCUCAUCCAGUACACCAGGAAUACUUUCCUCACGACCUCCCUCACGACGCGAGACUGAUUAAUAGGGAGCACAAGGUUCAUGAUCAGCAGCUUCUCGAUGAGUGGGAGAAAGAGAGUGUGAGCGUUAAAUCGGGUGAUGGGCAGCUGCAUCAACAAGAAAGCUCCGCACAACCUGCCAAAUGCCCGAAAGGAUUAGGCAAGUGA